UUUUUUUUCUUUAAAUCACCGCGCGUCGUGUUCGUUCGAGUUGUGACUGCGGUUGUCCUUGUUGUGUGGAUUGAUUGACAUCCCCUCUCCCCUUAUCACUCACGAAUGAUGCGCGAGAUGGACGUGCGAGCGCCCGAAGCGCCGCUGCUGCACGUUGCCUCGUCGCCAGCAGCCAUCGCAGCCGCAGCCGCAGCCGCAGCCGCAGCCACUGCACCGCCAGCCCCAAGCACAGCCACGAGUGCAAGCACAGGCACAAGCACAAACGCAGGCACAGGCACUGCUGUUGGCGCGGUGGCUGCAGGCGGGCCUGGGACGCCAGCAGCGAGUCCCAACGCUUCAACAACGCUGCUGCUGAACAAUAGCAGCACGACUCCUGCUGCUGCCGCGGCUGCUGCUGCCAGUGAGGCGCUCCUUGCAAAGAGCACUGCGGCUGCUGCUGCGGCGGCGGGCAAGAAAGGCCGGAAGGAGUCAAAGACGCCGCUCAAGGAGAAGUUUGUCCAAAUCUACGAGGCCUUCUUCAAUGGUGACAAUCCAUCAACCGCAAGCCCGCAUUUCUGGGACGAGUUGUUUCUGCUCAAAGUCAACGCAGUGUUCUUGGAUCGCUGCAUCACGUCGCUCUCCGAGGAGCAACUCAUGUCGCUCAAGGACAUUACCAAUUUGAUUGUUUGCAGCGCCAUCUCAGCGCUGCGCGACGACAAUGCCAUUCGCGUAGCCAACGCUCUUCAGACACUUUGCAUUGUUGCUCGCGCAGUGUCUACCAAAAAGUUCACUGGUCUGAGCUUUGAUCCCAUUCAGUUGCUCGUGCCAAGCGAAGAUGCAUCGGCUAUUUUCACCGACUUGUUCGCCAGCAUUGCGUCGGUCCUCUCGUCGACACUUUCAACGCAAGUCAAGGCAAUGGCUCUCAAGCUUCUGAUUGUGUUUGCGACAUUUAGCGAGGGCAUCAACUCGAACAGCAUUCUUGAGCACAUCAUGCGCAACGAUUUAUUCGACGCUAUUUUGCAGACCUUGGUCGAAACCUCCACACGGGAACUACUUGCCCAAGAUUCGCUCACGCUGAUUGUGAUUUUUGUCAACUACCGAAAAUACGAAGUGCCGAAUCCGUACGUCAAGCGGCUCUCCGAAGUUCACGACGAGCUGGUUUUGAAUGCUCUUGGCUCUGUCAUGUCCACCAUGUAUGCCAGCUAUAAUCGCUACUUUGAUAACACUACAAAUCCCGCCAAGUCGUCCAAAGGUGGCUUUCUCUCCUCGAUUACAAGCUGGUUUGGAAGCACUACAACCAGUCCCACCACCAAGAGUUGGAACCCUGAGACUCCGUGUCCCGUGCUCUUGACGUUGUACGAGGCGAUUCAUCUCAAUCGCAAUUUCUUCUCCGUCAUGUGCUAUCUCGAUCCCAUGCUGACGACUGAUCUCGCCGUCAUGAUUGCACAAGCCAAGGAUGCAAAAGCCUCACCAACAGCCAAUCCUGCUGCAGCGGCGCCGACUUCCGCUCCUGCUGCAACCACAGCCACUUCCACGGUAGUCCCUUCCAAUCUGUUGUCGCGGUUUAUGACGUUCUGUUCGUUUGUGUUUCAAGCAAUCAAGGACGAGCCGUCCAUCGAGAAUGCCCGCCUUUGUGUAUUAAUUCUGCAAUGCGUGUCGGAGGAUGCCUACUCGAAUGCCUUUUUGCAUGACCCUAGCACCAACAUUCCGGUUUCGCUAUAUCGUCGGCCCACCAGACAUAAACGCCCGCUCCCGAAUGUUGGAAUUAGUGGAACGGGGCGUCCGCUGGUUUGCAGUGUGUUUGAUCUCAUGAUUGAAUUCAUGGGCGGCAACCUGAAGCGCAACCUGUCCAUCGAUCUGUAUUGCAAAUGUGUUGGCAUCAUUCAUCGGCUCCUCUGCUACGAGAAGCGCUCUCGCGUUCGCCUGGCGUACACUUGGAAGGAAACGUGGACCUCGCUUGUGAAUGUGUUGCGUUUCGUCCGCUCCAACGAGACCACUCUAAUUGACAAGCACAAUGUGUUUCUACUAUACGAUCAGAUUGUGAGUGUCUUUAAUCUGUUCAUCACGUAUGGCGAUACCUUCCUGGCAAACCCAACAAACUACGACGAACUUUACUACGAGAUUAUGCGUGUUCACGAAGUUUUCCACGCCCUGUAUGAGGACGCCAAACGUCAUUACACGUCUGAAGGCGAGUGGCGCGAUACGGCGCGGCGUGUCAUGGCAAACAUUGUGAACAUUCUUUCCAUCAUCAAUCACUUUUCGCCCAAGAUUGAAGCCUGGACUGCUGAAAAUCAAGUGGCCUCUGUGACCCCCGAGCAGGUGCUUGCUGUCAUCAAAAACAAUUACGACACACUGACCUUGAAGCUGCAAGACAACCUGGACCAGUACGACAAGUACGCUGAAAAUCCUCGCGAAGUCUCCUUUUUCCGAACAGCCGUGCGUCACUUGGUGGUCGACACUCGACAUCACCACGCCACCACUCAUUUUGAUCCCCAAGAAGCCUCCAUUUAAUUCCUGCGUCCAGAGUGUUUGCACGCGCAUUGUUUGAGCAGGCUGAUGAGCUUGCUUUUUGCUUUUUAAGUUUUUGUUUGUUCUGCCACUACUUGUUUCAACAUUGUGUUCCGCAGAUCAGUGAGGGGCCCUUGAGAUUGAUGUUUGUUGUGCUAUUUGUUGUAUUUUUGACUGCUACUAUGACAAGACAAGACGAGACGAACUUUUUGGCGACUACCAAAAACUAUGAGCAUUAAAAAAC